AUGAAGAUCCUUAAUAGCAUAACCAGACGCAUCCGCUCCUCAGCCUUUCACCGCACACACUACACAGGCUCUCUCCUCUUCAAUCUAGCAUCCUUCAUUCUCCCCGCCCUCUACGGCACGCUCUCCAAAUUAUGGGUCUCCAAUAUUGACUCUUCAAAGGUUGUUCUUACAGAUGCAUUCACGUACAUGAACACCGCUUCUGAGGCUGUGAAUGAGGGUUUACCGAGAGCUGCGUGGGUUAUUAUUGGUGAUAAAGCUUCUAGGUCGCUUGCGAAGCGUUUGCAGCUUACACAUACUCUUAUGCUGUUUCAAUCAGUGCUGGGCUUGAUAUUGAGUAUCAUCUUUGUCGCAGCUGCAGAGGCUUUCGCUAGAGGCUUCGUCCCCGAGGAAAUAAGAGAUGUGAGCCUCACAUAUGUCAGGAUCACAUCGUUCACGGUCUUUGCUGGGACCUUGGAAACAGCUGUGUCAACAGCGACGAGAGCUUUGGACAAGCCCGAUAUCCCGCUGGCAAUCAGCAGCAUCAAGUUCGCCGUCAAUAUCAUCCUAGACUUCCUCAUUAUCUCCAAAUUCCACGUCGGAAACUUCACGCCUACGGUGAAUAUGCAGGGUACUAUACAGCUCGUCUGCAACCUCGUCGCUGCCAUCGCCGGCCUUGUGUAUUUCUUGUGGUCGAAUACAUACUCCUUCGUCAAACAUACACCGCGCGAGCCGCAAGAUAAACUACGCCCAAGUUUCGAUGCGCUCAAAGUCCUUCUUCCACCUGGCCUUAUCUUCUUCACCGAGUCAGCUGUGAGAAAUGCAUUGUAUCUUUGGCUUGUUAGUACUAUUGUUGCGUUGGGCGCGGUGUAUGCUACUGCCUGGGGCGUCUUCAAUACUAUCCGCUGGGGACUGAUCAUGGUCCCCGUUCAAGCACUUGAAGCUACAGCGUUGCAAUUUAUUGGACAUAAUUGGGGAGAUUGGCGACGACGGAUGGAUAUCAGCACGCGCAAACCUCGAGCUUCGAUCAAGGAUUUACAGAACAUCACACGUCCAGCACUGAGGUCUCUCACGUUGGCUCUCAUCUUCGAAGUCCCCAUCGCGAUAUUCCUAACACUCUUCGGCGCCAAGCCUUUCGCAAGGUAUAUAAGCGGUUCAGACGAAGUCGCCGAUGUGACAGCCUACAUGUGGGAGAGUCUGGACUGGUGUUAUAUCUUUUACGCCAUGUCAACACAACUUGCGACGAUUCUGUUGGCGACGCGACCGAAGUGGUAUUUGUAUCAGAGUUUGGCGAGUAAUCUGCUGUAUGUUUUGCCGUGGGCCAUUGUGUGUCAGGUUAGUAAUUUGAAUGAUGGGAAUGCGUGGUGGUAUUACAAGUUUGUGUUUGGGGGGAGUCUUGUUUUUAGUUUUGCGGAUAUUGUUGUUGUUGAUGCGGUUUGGGGGUGGUGUUUGUAUUAUGGGAGGAUGAAGUUGGAGGCUUUUAGGGAGUGA